CGCUGCCCAGAAUGACUGUGUGUUUUGCGGCCGUGUAAGUGUGUGGUGCUGAUGAUGAGGAGUUCGGCCGUGCAGUUUGGUCGCUGUUUGUAGAAGCCUUCCAAGACAUUCCGUAAAUCGCGCGGUGGAUAUUAAAUUCUUUACAUGAAGAGAUGAAUCAGGCGUCGCACUCGCACUGUUUUAAGAAGCCGGCGAGCCCGCCCGUAGGUUAUGCGUAAAUCGUUCUGUAGAUAGCACAGUUGCUCUAUUUUCGUAAGCGGUAGCGGCAGCAGCGGCAGAGUGAGAUCGUGAGAGAGGGAGGAGCAGUUUGCUGGCUUUGACAGGGGGGAGGAUGGCAUAUGGAUUUGGAGAGGAUGCCGCAAAAAGCAAGCACCUCACCGUUUCGUUAACAGAAAUGUUAAUCGCAACUGGUGGGCGUGUUGCUGAAGAACACUAAAAUAUCCCGUGAAACACCGGCAGUUGGAAUAUGCCAUCGCGUUUGCUAGUGGGCUUGGCCGCGCUCGUCGCUCCUUGACAAGUCAAUCAUUCGGAAUCGGAAUUCUGAGUGAAAGAAAGCGAACAACUGGGCGGAUGGUUUCAGCUGGGAAGCGCCGGGUGUCAUGGAGUUAUCAGUGGGGGCAAUUAUUUAAUCUUCAUUUUUAAACGGCCCGAUAUUUACGAGAAAUUAAUUUCACGAGAAGGGUGACAAAUUACUGUACAAUAAAAUGUACUCUUCAAAUGGAAGUUUGUGCUUAAAUAACAGUGUCCGUGGCUUCCAUGGCGCCUAACGUUUGAUUAGUUUUACGCCCACAUCUUAAGCAGUAAUUAAUUGUCUUGCUAGGGAUAAUUUUACACAUUUUGUUUCAUAUUUAACGAGGCGGUGCAUUUCUCCCGGUUAAAGCACCGCUGGCAGAAUGAUGUGCGAGGUGAUGCCGACGAUAAACGAAGGGGACUCGGUUAGUCCCCGACGAGGGUCUCAGAACGGUUCCGAUUCGGACUCAAAUUUCGAACAACUGAUGGUUAAUAUGCUGGACGAAAGAGACAAGCUUCUGGAAUCUUUGCGGGAGACCCAGGAAACCUUGAUUCAGUCUCAGACGAAGCUGCAAGACGCCCAGCACGAAAGGGACAUUCUACAGAGGCAGAUUAAUUCGGCGCUACCGCAGGAGUUUGCCACGCUGACGAAGGAGCUGAAUGUGUGCAGGGAGCAGCUGCUGGAGAAAGAGGAGGAGAUCUCUGAGCUGAAAGCCGAGAGGAACAACACCAGGCUGCUGCUGGAGCACCUGGAGUGCCUGGUGUCCCGCCACGAGCGCUCGCUCAGGAUGACCGUGGUCAAGCGGCAGGCUCCGCCCCCCUCGGGCGUGUCCAGCGAAGUGGAGGUCCUCAAAGCGCUGAAGUCCCUGUUCGAGCACCACAAGGCCCUGGAUGAGAAGGUGCGAGAGAGACUGCGGGUGGCGCUGGAGAGAGUAACCACACUGGAGACACAGCUGUGUGCUGCUACGCAGGAGCUCUCUGUAGUCCGGCAGAGGAAAGACAAGAUGGAGGGCGGGGACUCCCUGGACAAGAUGGACGGGUCCAAGCCCACCUGGAAGAGGCUCCCUAACGGCUCGAUCGAUGCGCACGACGAGGCCAGCCGCACGCUGGAGCUGCAGGAGCUCCUGGACAAGGCCAAUAAGGAGCUGGCACAGAGCAAGGAGCGCGUGGGCACGCUGACCUCCCGCGUGAGCGAGCUGGAGACCGAGCUCAGCACCUCCCGCAAGGACCUCCUCAAGACCGAGGAGCUCAACAACAAGUACCAGCGUGACAUCCGCGAGGCUAUGGCUCAGAAGGAGGACAUGGAGGAGCGGAUUACCACCUUAGAGAAGCGUUACCUGGCUGCGCAGAGAGAGACCACAUCCAUCCACGACCUCAACGACAAGCUGGAGAACGAGCUGGCCACCAAGGACUCGCUGCACCGGCAGAGUGAGGAUAAGGUGCGGCACCUGACGGAGCUGCUGGAGUUGGCGGAGCAGCGGCUGCAGCAGACCAUGAGGAAGGCGGAGACUCUCCCAGAGGUGGAGGCGGAGCUAGCGCAGAGAGUGGCAGCUCUCAGCAAGGCCGAGGAGCGCCAUGGCAACAUUGAGGAGCGUCUGAGGCAGCUGGAGUCCCAGCUGGAGGAGAAGAACCAGGAGCUGGGGAGGGCCCGGCAGAGGGAGAAGAUGAACGAGGAGCACAACAAGCGCCUGUCGGACACGGUGGACCGGCUGCUGACCGAGUCCAACGAGAGGCUGCAGCUGCACCUGAAGGAGCGCAUGGCCGCGCUGGAGGACAAGGUCAGGAUGGCUGAUCAUCUGGAGGGCGCGCAGAAGCAGCUGGAGGAGUUCCAUCUCACCAAGGAGAGGCUGAUUGGGGAGAUCGAGAAGCUGCGGGCCGAGAUCGACCACCUGAAGCGCAGGAGCGGAGUGUUUGGGGAUGGGGUACACCCGAGGUCUCACCUGGGCAGUGCCACAGACCUGCGCUUCUCCGUGGUUGACCCCCAGGGGGAGCACUUCAGCACCGGGGCCGUCAUCCGCCGCGCCCAGAAAGGACGGCUGGCUGCCCUGCGGGACGAGCCCACCAAGAUCCUGGCGGUGGUGGAGCAGGACUGGGACCGGUCGCAGCCCCCCAGCCUGCGGGCCAGCGUGACGCACCUGGUGGAGAGCGACCCCGAGCUGUCGGACCUGGACGACGAGGACCGCGAGACCAUGUUCGGCUCGGCCGAGCUGCUCUCCCCGAGCGGCCACUCCGACGCGCAGACGCUCGCCAUCAUGCUGCAGGAGCAGCUGGACGCCAUCAACGAGGAGAUCAGGAUGAUCCAGGUGGAGAAGGAGUCUGCUGAGCUGCGGGUGGAUGAGAUGGAGAGCCGUGUGACCAGCGGCAGCAUGGACGCCCUCAACGUGACGCUCCGCCCCCGCUCCUCCAUCCCCACCUCCGUCACCGCCCUGUCCCUGGCCAGCUCCUCCCCCCCCAUCAGCGGGCGCUCCACGCCCAAACUAUCGGCCCGCUCCACCGCCCACGAGCUGGGCAUCAUGACCCUGCCGAGCGAUUUAAGGAAGCACCGCAGGAAAGUCCUCUCCCCUGUGUCACGUGACGAGACCCGUGAGGACAAGGCCACCAUCAAGUGCGAGACGUCCCCCCCCUCGUCCCCCCGCAACCUGCGGCUGGAGCCCAUGAGCUUCAGCCAGCUGAGCGGCAGCCUGGACGACGGGCGAGGGGGGAAGAAGAAGGGCAUUAAGUCCUCCAUCGGACGACUCUUCGGGAAGAAGGAGAAGAGCCGUCUGGAACAGCAGCUGGGAAAGGAAGGAUCAGUCACCACCGUGGCUGUUCCAGAUUUCGAGAUGGCGAUCGGGGAACUGACUUGGGCAAGUGGGGACUCCAGGCGACGGGACCGCAGAUCCUGGCGUAGGCACGAGCUCCUGGAGGAUGCUCGUAGGAAAGGCCAGCCCUUCGCCCAAUGGGACGGCCCCACCGUGGUAUCCUGGCUGGAGCUGUGGGUGGGCAUGCCCGCCUGGUACGUGGCGGCGUGCCGGGCCAACGUGAAGAGCGGCGCCAUCAUGUCGGCGCUGUCGGACACGGAGAUCCAGCGGGAGAUCGGCAUCAGCAACCCGCUGCACCGGCUCAAGCUGCGGCUCGCCAUCCAGGAGAUGGUGUCCCUGACCAGCCCCUCGGCCCCGCUCACCUCCCGCACCUCCUCCGGAAAUGUGUGGGUGACUCACGAGGAAAUGGAGAACCUGGCAUCCUCCAGCAAAGCGGAGAAUGAGGAGGGGAGCUGGGCUCAGACCCUGGCGUACGGGGACAUGAACCACGAGUGGAUCGGGAACGAGUGGCUGCCCAGCCUGGGCCUGCCCCAGUACCGCAGCUACUUCAUGGAGUGCCUGGUGGACGCCCGCAUGCUGGACCACCUGACCAAGAAGGACCUGCGCACGCAUCUCAAAAUGGUCGACAGUUUCCACCGAGCCAGUUUGCAGUACGGAAUAAUGUGUCUGAAGCGUUUGAAUUACGAUCGUAAAGAACUGGACCGGAGGAGAGAAGAGUGUCAGCAAGAUAUUAAAGACGCCCUGGUGUGGACCAAUGAGCAGGUGAUGCACUGGGUGCAGUCCAUCGGGCUGAAGGAGUACAGCGCUAACCUGCUGGAGAGCGGCGUGCACGGAGCCCUCAUCGCCCUGGACGAGAACUUCGACUUCUACAGCAUGGCGCUCAUCCUGCAGAUCCCCAUGCAGAACACGCAGGCCCGGCAGGUUCUGGAGCGGGAGUUCAACAACGUGCUGGCGCUGGGUACCGACCGUCGGCUCGAUGAGAGCGAUGACAGGCCUCUCCACCGCUCGCCGUCGUGGAGGAAGCGGUUCCGCCCGCGGGAGGGGCAGGGCUUGGGCACGCUGCCCGGCUCCAUGGAAACGCUGCCCGCCGGCUUCCGCCUCACCGCCAUGUCUAUGCCCCCCUCCCUGGCCAUGGUGCCCAGGAAGCUGCAGCCGGAAGUGCAUUCCCACUACCUGUAUGGACACAUGCUCGCUGCCUUUCGAGAGUGAAAUGCCAAAUGUGAAGAGGCCAUCUCUCGGCUCCUGGGAGUGCUGUGAGCGUAGAACCUGCCGACUGGCCCCAUUCUCCAACUCUGUGCAAUAGGGGAGGUGAAAUGCUGACCACUGAACCUUGAACUUUGAACUCUGAACUUGGGGGGGGGGGGGGGGGGUGCACUCUUGCGUACCUGCUGUGAAGGAGACCUCAGUCACGACAGUAAAUUUCCAGUAUUUCCAGUUACCUAGUUGCUGUAAGUGUGGUUCAGAUUCUCCCUGUUUUAAGCUGGUGUAUCUCGCCCUGUAGUCUGUCUUUCGUGGUAUAUAUCCUGUGUGCAUCUAUGGUAUACAGUAUAUAAGACCCCACCCCCCUACCGGUUAUGCAAGGUAAUAAUUAUUUUUUCUCUUUCUGUAUAUAAAAUGGAUGACAUAUGUUUUUAUAGAAAUAUAUAUGGAAUUUAAAUUAUAUUAUUAUCGUAUGAAGACUAAAGGUAGGUCUUAGCUGGUGACUGUUUCUGUAUGUUGGACCUCUGUUCGGUAGACCUGUGUUACCUUUGUCUGUUUUAAAGAUGACGGUGUGAGUAGUUGUUUCAUCUGAGGAGUAAUGUUUUGUGAAUACUGCGAUGACACUUACCCGUGGAAAUCGGUCAUUCCUCAAACCUCAAAGCGUUUAUUCAGCUCAAUUAUCCUUCCCCCUAUUUUUUAUAAAUGCAAAAACAUGAUCAAAAUAGGUGUUUCGCUGCUGUUCUAUCGAAUGGAGGACAGUUGGGUAUAAGAGGUGUGUAACCGGGGGGAAAAAGCAAUACUCUUUUAUAUCAGCUGCAUUGGGAGAUUUCAGAGCCUAUAAGGUGCUGUGAAUGCAGAGAAUCUCAUGUCAAAACCUCACUGUCAUCUGCCCCAUAGAACUGUGGGAAUUGUAGGAACCUCACUCAUCCGUCCCAUAGAACUGUGGGAGCUGUAGGAACCUCACUGUCAUCCGUCCCAUAGAACUGUGGGAGCUGUAGGAACCUCACUAUCAUCCAUCCCAUAAAACUGUGGGAGCUGUAGGAACCUUACUGUCAUCUGUCCCAUAGAACUGUGGGAGUUGUAGGAACCUCACUGUCAUCUGCCCCAUAGAACUGUGGGAGUUGUAGGAACCUCACUGUCUAUACUGUGGGAGUUGUAGGAACCUCACUGUCAUCUGCCCCAUAGAACUGUGAGAUUUGUAGGAACCUCACAGUCAUCUGUCCCAUGGAACUGUGGGAAUUGUAGGAACCU